CCUGACCUGUUAUGCAUGCUUAUAUUUGUGCAUAACUGGGCUAUUCGUGCAUAAGGUAAAGCCUAAGCUGGAGCGCGCAUAUAUAUAUAUAUAUUUUUUUUUAUGCAUAAAAGUGUGCAUAACAGGGGUUAUCGUGCAUAACGGUGAUUAUGCACGAGUGAGAUGGGGGUAAGGGGUGGCUCAGACGCUCAGACAGCUCAUUGUAACCAAAACGGAGCUUUUUUAUCCCCUUCAAAGCCUCUUGGUCUUGAAACUCUUUAGUUUCAAGUCCACAGUUCAGACGACAAAUUGUAGAUCUGGAGAUUGGAGAUUCGGUGUUAAUUAAAAACAUUCGUUGUUUAAACCAACCUUGAUUACUGUUGAUUCAAACUACUUGACUUUUGUACAAGAAGAGAGGAGAGAAAAGACGCAAAGACCAAAGACCGAAGACAGAAGACCACAGGACACACCGCACAGAGCGACCACCACAGAGAAGCGAGAAGCAGCGAACCCGCCACCAGCGGCGCAGACCGCGACCCGCGAUCCACGGCAACAACAAAUGGCAAGCGGCGCAGGUGGUGUCGUCGCAUAUGCGUGCUCUAGCUCCGACUCUGAGUCUGACAUUGAAGCCGUGGUCACGACGGAACCAGGGGGUGUUCUUGGUGCCGGUGCUGCUGGCGGAAUGGACGACUGGGCGCACAUCUUCGGCGGGAAUUCAAAACGUACUCCAAAGCAGCAGAAGGCGAAAGGUAAGCGGGAUGAGAUUUGCCAGCGCCUUCUUUCGCUGAGCAUGCUGGCCAAGAGCAUGGACUUCAAGGACAUCUUCGGCGAAGUGAACAACGUCUUGGCAAGGUUCGGUCUGGACCCCGCGCGCUGCGUCGGCUUCAUGCUUGACGGGUGCGCGGCCAACAUGAAGGCCCUCAUGGCCUUGACGACACAUUGCCGCAACGCCGUGGGCAUGCGCUGCAUGUCAGACCUCUUCAACAACGCCGGCGACCAAAUCGAAAGCACUCAGAUCGACAAGUUCGCCGGCGCACUGCAGACGGUGCUUUCCGUCAGCCACAACGCGUCGGAGCAGUGGCGGGCUGCAACCGGCAUGUCGCCGCCGAAAGCACCUUCCCACCGGUGGGCUUCGAGCUUCGAGCGGAACGACAAGUUGGUGACAGACUGGCAACACGCGAAGCACUUCAUCGACAAGUUCAGCUCGAGCGACGAGACCAGAUCUGCCAAGGCCGCGUUCUGUCGGGAGGAGCUUGCAAGGCUGGGCCAGUACUGCUACCACCAAGAGUUCUGGCUGCAGCUGGAGUUCGCGCUCGCUGUAGAUCUCGGGGCCACCUGA